GAGUGCUAAGUUUCUGGGAAUUGAACCCAAUUGGGAAAGGUUGUUUUUUAAUUGGAUUUCUAGUUCUAGCAGCAUCGCUGUCUUUCCUAGUGAAUUAGUAGAGAACACGAAAGAACUAGUGUUAGUAACUGGUGACCCGACUCCAUACAUUGUGCUAAGAUGGGACAAGACCAAGAACACAAGACCAGAGAUGUCCCCCAACUUGAGAUUCAGGAAAGAGGGGAAAUAUUCUUCUUCUAUAGGCCUAAAGUAAACAAGGAGGAAGUUCAUAGUGUUGAUGAUGUGCAGCGCUUGUACAUUGUAUUGCGUCCAGAGUCCGGUGAGAGAGGUGUUGAAGAGAAGCAAGAUCCCCACUCUGGCAAGGAAGGUGCCAAAUCAAGAUCAGGUGAUCAACCUCAAACUGGCUCCUCCAUGAAUAAAACUGAAGGUGGACAGGGGAGCCAGGAAGUAAAUAUCGAGGAGGAGCCAUUGUUAAGGUUCAUAGUUAUGGGCAGAAAGAGACUUCCAGAUCCAGGCAAGAAGUCCCAAACUUUCUGGGGUUUUGUUGAAUUAGUGACCACAAAGGUAGAAGAUGUAAAAGAUGCUUUAAAAGGAGAGGAAUAUGAUACAUCAUCAAGAGGUCACCGAUAUCAACCUCCUGCAAGAGCAGUGGGAGAAGGUGUUUACCGUAUUGUGAGGCACAAUUCAAGUAAGAACAAGAUGCACACUCAUUUGAUAUAUAAACUUGAAUUCCCUCCACCAAAAGAAGAAGAGAAUGAACCCCAAGAAUCACUUAACAUCGAGCGAGAAGGCUCCUUCUUGAUACAAAUCAAGAACCCAUCACAAGCUAGCAAUUCCCAGUUUAGGGGAGUUGGAAACAAACGAAAGGCAGCCUUCCCUGCUCACCUGCAAGCCCGGUUUGGGAAUACCCGAUACCAUCCGGCUGAUCCACCCGACUUUUUGAACUACGAAGGAUGUGAGUUUCUACUCAUAUCGGCAUCCGAUGAUAUUGAUAAAGAACUGGGGUUGGAACUGGAGACUGAAGGGGAAGCAGAUCCUUCUUGUUCGGAUUUGGUGAGGACUUUUGGGGACACUGCAUCUACUACUCCACUUUUCAAAGGAAUCUGGUCUUGAACUAUGGCGCUUUUGUUUUAAAUGGCACUGUUGUAGCCUACUAUGAAAUGUUGCAGUUGGUUUGUUAAGGUAGUGUGCAAUGGCAUAGAUCUGUCAUUUUGGAAGUUAGGUUGUAACUAUGUCUACAAUAUAAAUGAAGUAUAUUCUAGCUGUUUAGAAGAAA